AUGAAAGAGAGAAAUACAACAGACAGACAAUCAUACAUCAAAAGAAAACACGACAGACAUUGGAUAAUCCAACAUUACAAAGAGAAUUCAGACACACACUGUAACAAAACACAAAACAGAGCUGAGAAGAAACAGGCUCAAGGGGAAGAAGUUGCAGCUGGUGGAGGAGAGAGGAAGGGGAUUGAAGGAAAUGUUGUUGGAAUGGCAGGAAUUGUGGGCAGGUUUGGAAGUGAUGUUGCUGGAAGAGGAGGCAGCACUGCACCAUUGGGGAUGUUCAUGGAGGGGAAGCUAGGGAGUGGAGGGAGUGGAGGGAGUGUGGGCAGUGUGGGCAGGGGCAUGUUCGGCAGAGUCGGAAUCGGCGGCAAGGGUGGCAUUGGCACCGUGGGUACCGUCGGUGUUUGCAGAAGAUGA